CAGAAUAUCACCUAGGACGAAUAACUGCCCCAGAAGCAUAAUGGGCAUCUAGAAAGGACACUCGCAUACCCCUAGCAACCUACCCCGAACCCUUACCCACCUCCACCGACCACGUCCUCCCGCCCACCUUGCCGCGAUGCUGAGGUCGACCUCGCCCCCAACGCCGCCUUCGCGCGUCCUCUCCCCGAGCUCGAGCAUAGAGGAGAGCCCCACAGCGACACUACGCGCCCUCGAGCUAGAGCAGGGGCUCACGAGCGGGCGUGGAGCCCCUCCACGUCGAGAACGAUCCGGGACGAUAUCGAGCAUUACGGGGUUCGAGUUCGAGCAUGCCCUCUUGCCAUUGUCACUUAGCGGCGAGGAAGAGGUGGUGCAGCAGGACCACAAACACGUGACGCUGCUACAUUGCAUGGCGCUGGUCGUUGGCAUGCAGGUUGGCUCGGGUAUCUUCUCCUCGCCUGGUGUCGUUGUUGCGUCCGUCGGGAGCGUGGGCGCGAGCUUGCUUGUGUGGCUACUGAGUGGCCUUCUGGCGUGGACUGGGGCAAGCUCCUUUGCUGAGCUCGGCUGUGCGAUCCCAUUGAGUGGUGGCGCACAAGCGUAUCUCGCGUAUGCUUACGGACCCAUGGCGUCCUAUCUCUACACUUGGUCGGCAGUCUCUACAUUGAAACCUGGCAGUGGCGCGAUCAUCGCUCUGAUCUUUGGCGAAUACGUCAACCGCAUGAUCUACCACGCCAUUGCUGGGGAAGAAGGCAAGGUGCCAGAAUGGACCUUCAAGAUCACGGCGACCAUUGCCAUCGUGCUUGUGGCGGCCCUCCUCUCCAUCUCGCCACGAUUCGGCGCCAACUCGGCCGUCGUGCUGACAACCAUCAAGAUCGGGUCCUUGAUAUUCGUCUCUGUUCUCGGCUUGCUGUACGCGAUCAAGCACGGUGCUGGUCCAUCCUUCUCUGGCGGACACCUGUUCCGGGGAUCAAGCAAUAACCCUGGAGCGUACGCCAUUGCUCUGUAUUCUGGUCUCUGGGCAUUUGACGGCUGGGACCAGUGCAGCUUUAUCGGCGGAGAGAUGAAGAACCCGAACAAAGACCUCCCUCGUGCCCUUCACUCGUCCAUGACAAUCGUGGUGCUCCUGUUCCUCGCGGCGAAUGUGUCCUACUUUGUCGUCCUGGACAAGGAGACGGUCGCGUUGUCCAACACAGUGGCUCUGGACUUUGGACGCGUCAUUCUCGGCCGGCUUGGUGCCGUGGUAUUCAGCACGGUCGUCGCCAUCAGUUGUUUUGGCGCCUUGAACACGAGCUUCUACACCACGGCUCGCCUGAUCUCCGCGGCUGCGCGAGACCACUUCCUCCCCGAGUGGUUCGGCCGUCUCCACCCUACCCGCAGAACACCGGACCACGCCAUGCUUCUCAACGUGGGGCUGACGACCUUCUUUGUUAUCUUUGGCGGCGGUUUCAGGAAACUGCUCAACUUCUUCUCUGUCACGUCGUGGACAUUGUACCUCGUCACCGUGUUAGGGUUGAUCUACCUGCGUAUUAAAGAGCCUCACCUUGAACGGCCGUACAAGACGUGGAUCACCACGCCGAUCACCUUCUGCUGCGUCGCGCUCUUCCUCCUCUUGAUGCCAAUCUUCGCGGCGCCAUGGGAGGCGCUUGCCGCGUUCUGCUUCAUGGCCGCCGGCAUCCCAGUGUACUACCUCACGGCGUCGUUGCGUGCCCCGAGUGCGGGCUACGCACGCGUGGACGGCGGAACCUCCCAAGGCGUCCUCGCCACGGCUUGGAGCACACUAUCAUCCGACGUCGCCUGGUUCCUCCCGCGGAAAUGGGCCGACGCACUGGCCAACCGCCAGACAGCCCCCGUCGCCUCCGCCAUCGACAGAGAAGAGCGCCGCGGCAUGCUCUCAGAACAGGUCGAGAUGACGGAGCGGCACUGACCCCACCCACACACAAUAGAGUAAUAGUAAUGCACAACAUGGU